AUGGGAGCCAAAUUUCCAGCAACGGUAAAUGUCAAUUCAAUCGCUGUGUGGAUACGGCUAAAUGCGUUACCUAUAGAAUAUUAUAAUCCUGAGGCCCUAUUGCAUAUUGGUAAAUCCAUCGGUAAUGUGUUGAGGGUAGACUCUCACAUUGCUAUGGAAACGAGAGGUAGAUUUGCGAGGAUUUGUGUCCAAGUUGACGUGGAUAAACCGCUGGUCACUGCAAUAUUAAUUGGGAAAUUUGAGCAACCUGUUUGUUAUGAAGGUUUACAAAGGUUGUGUUUCUCUUGCGGUAGAAUUGGUCACCGAAAAGAAAAUUGUCCAUAUACAAUUCGUUCAGUAUCAUUGCCCAGGGGGUUAGAGGCGGAGGGGAUUGGGAUUCCGAAUGACCAUUCAUGCGAUGAGCAUGUUCCUAACAACGUGAGGUUAGAGGUGGAGCCCAGCAAGAUCAUGCAUGAGAAUGUGCAUGAGGAGGUUCAGGCAGGUACAUAUGGUCCUUGGAUUGUUGUAACACGUAGAAAGAAUGGGAUAAAGUUUCAGGGUAGUGGAGGGACCCACUCUGUGCAGGAUAACAGCCGCUUAAAACAAGAGUUGAGAAAAAAUGUUAACGAGGCUAGAAUCAAUAAUGCGAUGGGGAAGUUUAAGUUCAGUGAGGGGCCUGCUAGGGAGGCUAAAAGGAAGAUCACGCCUCAAAAGCCUAUUAAUGAAGCCCAUAUGGCAAAUGUUGCCUUCAAUGUAGGUAGUAUUGAUACUCUCCAAGCCCAAGCUUAUUCGGAACAAAGCCCAUAUAAGAGUGAUGUGGGUAACACUAAAGGGGGGGUUGGGCCGAAUUAA